GAUAGAAAAUAUCUGGACAGGUUACAACUUGGGAGAUUUUUCUGUCAAAAUUCAACCAAAUGAAAUCAAAAUGAUUUUUUGUGAAUAAUAACAUCCUUUUUUAAAUUUCUGGAAAAUAAGGAGCCAUCUUUUACACAAUCAUCAAUGCACGUCUAAGAAGACAAAUAAAGCUUAGCUGUAUUGAGCUCCACCACUCCCUGGUUAUCAUUGAGAAGAAGAAAAUCAGAGAUGGGUUUCACAGAGAAGCAAGAAGGGUUGGUGAAAGAAUCAUGGGAGGUUUUGAAGCAAGAUAUUCCUCACUUCAGCUUGCGUUUCUUUUCACUGAUAUUGGAGAUAGCACCAGGUGCGAAGAACAUGUUCAGUUUCUUGAGGGAGUCAGAGGAGAUUCCUCAAAAUAAUCCAAAGCUCAAAGCUCAUGCUGUCAAGGUUUUCAAGAUGACAUGUGAGUCAGCCAUACAACUGAGAGAGAAAGGGGAAGUGGUAGUGGCUGAUACUACUUUGAAGUAUUUGGGCACUGUCCAUGUCAAGAGUGGUGUCAAAGACCCCCAUUUCGAGGUGGUGAAAGAGGCACUCAUAAGGACAAUUGAAGAAGCAAUUGGAGAAGAGAAAUGGAAUGAAGAGAUGAAGAAUGCUUGGGGUGAAGCUUAUGAUCAAUUGGCUGAAGCUAUAAAGGCUGAGAUGAAGAACCAUCAUGAUGAAACUGCUUAAUUACUCUUUUACUUCAAUUUUAUUGUUGUUUGCCAAUAUUUUCACAAUUUUAAUGAAUAAAUUUUAGUAAUAAAGACUAUUUUGUUUUUCAA